CUAUUUCGUCAUCGAUUCGUAUGGCAUCAUUUGAUAGCGGAUUCUCCUUUGAAGAGCAGUAAAGGCAGCAGCAGCAGCAGCUUCUCAGAAAGCGGACGAAAGAGAAGACGUGACACGUCCUCGCAUCAUCGGUCCUGCUGCUCUCACCUCGGCUCUCUCUUUCAGCGCACUCGAUUUGAGUAAAACUGCAGUACGACUGGAGUAGGCUAUAUAUAAAGCACGACAGCGGCGCCUUUACUUCAAAAAUACAUUCAUGCACUUCCCUUGUUACGUCUCUGACUGGAACGCACUGCACGCGACACAUCCAUACAUAUAUUUGGUGUGAGCUGUGUUAGUCGGCAGCUGAGUUUGUUGACAGACAAUUCAUCAUCUCUUCAGAAGCUCUGGGCAUCAUUGCAAUCAUGAAGUGCGUUUUGCAUUGUAUAUUUUUCCUCCUGCUGUGGAUUACACCCAAUACCAGAGUAUGUGCAUCUCAUCAAGGAAUUCCCCUGUCAGUUGUAAAACUUUGGGCUUCAGCGUUUGGUGGAGAAAUGAAAUCCAUUGCGGCCAAGUAUUCUGGCUCUCAGCUGUUGCAAAAGAAAUACAAGGAGCUUGAGCAGUCAGUGAGGGUGGAGGAAAUUGAUGGAAUCAAACUGGUGAAGAAACUUGCUGGGGAAAUGGAGCAGAUGUUCCACAAGAAGGCUGAAGCUAUAAAGCGGUUGGUGGAAGCAGCAGAGGAAGCCCACCUGAAUCAUGAGGAGGAUCCUGAACUACAGUACGAGUAUUUUAAUGCAGUGCUGAUCAAUGAGAUGGAUGAGGAGGGCAGGAGUUUGGAGCUGGGUGGAGAAUUCAUCUUGCAGCCGAAUGAACAUUUCAACAAUCUGUCUGUAAACCUCAGCCUCAGUGUCGUCCAGGUUCCAACUAACAUGUACAACAAAGACUCAGCCAUAGUGAAUGGAGUGUACUGGUCAGAGGCACUCAAUAAGGUGUUUGUGGAUAACUUUAGAAGAGACCCUACUCUCAUAUGGCAGUACUUUGGUAGCGCCAAAGGUUUCUUCAGACAGUAUCCAGACACCACUACAAAGUUAGGACACUGUUUUAAUGAGACGGGCCGAGGCAGUGUGUGCAGUCAAGCCAUCAUGUUGGUGACGGAUGGAGCUGUGGACACAUAUGACGCUGUCUUUGCCCAGUACAACUGGCCUGAUAGAAAGGUGCGUGUGUUCCCUUACCUGAUUGGUCGGGAGUCUGCCUUUGCUGAUAACCUGAAAUGGAUGGCCUGCGCUAAUAAAGGUUAUUUUACCCAGAUCUCCACACUGGCAGAUGUUCAGGAGAAUGUGAUGGAGUAUCUGCAUGUGCUCAGUCGGCCGAAGGUCAUUGAUCGAGAGCAUGACAUGGUGUGGACAGAAGCCUAUGUUGAUAACACUCGUCCACAGGCUCAAAAGCUGGAAGAUGCUCAGGGUCCUGUGCUCAUGACUACCGUGGCCAUGCCUGUGUUCAGCACCAAGAACGAGACUAGAAAUAAAGGAAUUCUUCUUGGAGUAGUUGGCACAGAUGUUCCAGUGUCUGAAAUACUGAAGGCCAUCCCUAAAUACAAGCUGGAAGAUGCUCAGGGUCCUGUGCUCAUGACUACCGUGGCCAUGCCUGUGUUCAGCACCAAGAACGAGACUAGAAAUAAAGGAAUUCUUCUUGGAGUAGUUGGCACAGAUGUUCCAGUGUCUGAAAUACUGAAGGCCAUCCCUAAAUACAAG